UUAAGCAAACAGGCUGGUGCUUUGCCCUGUGCCCUAGAUCCCCCUUCUCCAGCCUCCAGGUCACUAGUGCAGCGAGUCCCAGGGGGAUGCAGGAGAUAGUGACCGCCCCGUGCCAUGCUCCCUGCAACUAGACAGUCACUUAGUCGUCGGGGUGUGGGGAAAAGCAGGGAAGCAGCCACAGCACCUCACUCGUUCUCAUCCACAUCGCACAAGUCUCCACUUUCUGCUACAGGGCAAGGGCAGGGGAAUGAGCCUGGGGUUACGGUUCAGAGUCGCGGCUGUUAGAAAUGUGUUUCCUGCUGCGAGUCUUCAGGGAUUCACGGCCUGGCAGAAUCUCUGGAUAUGCAGUCAGAGAAAUCAUCCCAGGAGGCCUGUUGGCUCCAUGGGGGGCAGAAAUCUUCCCUUAGCUUCCUUGGGAUCUGGCUUCAUCCCCACAAGUGGAACUUCCCUGCAGAGGGAGCCUCUGGAAUGCCAUGGAGAGAUGGCAAUUGCCUGUGGAGCAAGAAGGAUCCAGGGGGCCAGACUGGUUUCCUUAUCCACUGCUGCCACAGGCAUCUUUGGGAUCGGCCGAGGAGGAGAUGGCAGUGGAAACCGGAAGCUCACCCUGCAGGAUGUGGCAGAAUUAAUUCAGAAGAAGGAGUGUCACCGGAUGGUAGUGAUGGCUGGAGCUGGGAUCAGUACACCCAGCGGCAUCCCAGAUUUUAGGUCUCCUGGAAGUGGCCUGUACAGUAACCUUCAGCAGUACAACAUUCCCUAUCCAGAAGCCAUCUUUGAAAUUGCCUACUUCUUCCACAAUCCUAAGCCCUUUUUCACUUUGGCCAAGGAGUUGUACCCUGGCAAUUACAGGCCCAACUACUCCCAUUACUUCUUGCGACUCCUGCAUGACAAGGGGCUCCUUCUGCGUCUGUACACCCAGAACAUUGACGGGCUGGAAAGAGUUGCUGGGAUCCCUCUUGAUAAACUGGUGGAGGCUCAUGGCACCUUCGCCACUGCCACAUGUACCGCCUGUUGGAGAUCCUACCUGGGUGAGGACUUCAGGGGAGAUGUGAUGGCAGACAAAAUCCCCCACUGCCCAGUCUGCACUGGACUCAUCAAACCUGACAUUGUGUUCUUUGGAGAGGAGCUCCCACACCGGUUCUUCCUGCACGUGACAGAUUUCCCCAUGGCAGAUGUGCUCUUUAUCAUUGGAACCUCCCUCGAGGUGCAGCCCUUUGCCAGUCUGGCAGAUGCAGUCCGCAGCUCUAUUCCUCGUGUGCUGAUCAAUCGAGAGCUGGUGGGACCAUUUGCGUACCAGCCACAGUACAAUGAUGUGGCCCUGCUGGGAGACGUGAUCAGUGGGGUGGAGAAGUUUGUGGAGCUGAUGGGCUGGAAGGAGGAGAUGCAGGAGCUAAUCCGGAGGGAAACAGAAAAGCUGGAUGCAAAAGACAACUAGGACAGCUGCCCUCCUGCUGCUGGGAAAUGAUGUUCACCUUGAAAAGGGGUAGGUGUCAUCCCCUGCGAGCUGUGACGAAGUUACAGAAGAGAGCUGGGGAAAAUGCUCUCCAGCUUUGCAGUGGCUACUGAGAACCCCUUUGGCUGUAUCCGAGUGCCCUGCCGCAGUACAGAAAAGACCAUCACACAAGACUCUUAGGAAGUGAAGACCGAAUGGCAGGCUGUGGACUGGCUAUUGCAGGAGACUUUCCCAAUCUGACACCUCAGCCUGGCACAUGUGCCCACUGAACGCUGUGACCGCUACCUUUUCGUCUUCCAUUCUCCCAGAUCACACAUUUGGAGAGAUUUUGCCUCUCCUUUUCUGUCACAUAGAUCCUUUAACAGCUGUAUAAACUAUCAUCCAACUUUGUGAUGUUCACUAUUAGACUGGCCAGAGUCUCAUUUCCCUCCCACCAGACAUACUGGACUCCCACCAGAAAUUCAGGAUCAAAUCUUAAUAAGUUUCUUGUGAGUCUGGGUGUCCCAAGUUUUGGGUGCCCAACCUGAAAUACCCUGGAGCGGCCUGUCAGAGGGUGAGAGCUCAGAAUGUCCUGAAAAUCAGGCCUAUUUAUAGUACUUCAAGUUGGGCACCCAAAGUCACUAGUCCGCUUUUGAAAAUGUUAGUUGAUCUGUCUCAUUCUAAUGCUGCUGGGAUAAGUACCCAGCUCCAUCAGACAGGUUCAUAGAAAGUUUCCGGCUCCCUGAACCAGCUCUUCAAAAGAGCAGGUUUCGAAUGCAAGCAGGGUUUUUUCAAUUAUUUGUUGCAAAUUUGUUGUGUUUAUUAUAUUGGUGAAAUUGCUGCUAAUCAGGAGGUGAAAGGUGUCAAUGUGUCUGGAGAUGAUGCCUGGAAACCCCACUUCUGCUGAGCAAACAACCCUAUGGGCCAAUUUAAGCUGCUGUCUGAAUGGAACGUGGUUUGAUAUCUGCACAGCAAUAAUAAUUAUUAAUACUAGUAAGCUUUAAUGCCUUUGCGGAUGUCUACACAUGGUAUUUCAAUGUCUGUUUCACACAUUUCCCAAGGUCAAUGCUUUGAUUGCACUUCCCCCAAUUUGGUUCAUGCCCUUUGUUAUCCUUCAUUUCUCUUAAUUAUUCACUUAGCAACUAUUCACCCUUUAAAUGCUGGCUCAGUUCCUGGCACAGAUUUACAGCUCACAGAAUGCUCCAAUCAUAUGGAGCAAUCAAGGGUUUAUUGUCUAUUCACUGAGCCUUAUAGGGAGGGAAUGUUUGCCAGGACACCAGGGUUAUUUCCUCCUCUUCUCAAAAGGUGCCAUGGGAUAUUUAAUUUGCACAUCACCAAUGGGCAAAAGGGAUCCAUGUUUAAUGUCUCAUCGGAGAGCACUACUAAUAGUAAGAGGCCCCUUCCCCCUCACACUAGAGAGCUAUCAUUGCAGCUGAGCCCAAGUCCCAGCGUAGGAUUUGAAAUCACACCCUUCUGGCCUAGAGGCGAAUGCAGCAAUAAUUAGCUCGUCUAUUACAAUGAUUUUUCUGGAUGUGACCUUUGACCAAUACUACGUCUAAAGAAGCACAACAGAGGAGAUGUAAAACACCUUGCUCAAUGUGGUUAUGGUUAAUAUUUUGAAAUGCACAAAAGUCAAGGAAUUUGAAUGUUAAGGCUUCCAUAGCUACUGUAACUCUGCGUCUUUGUACAUUUCUCUCCCUUUAUAUUGUGUUAACUUUUACGCCUUAAUAUGUAUGUGCAAUGUGGCUAAUUGACGGUAGCGGUAUGAAACCUACCUUUGGAUUAUCUGUCUUCUAUGCAUUUAGAAACUUCAGGCCAAAUCCUCAGCUGGCAUAACUCAACAGCACUCCAUUGACUUCACUGGAUGUAUGCUGAUUUACACUAGCUGAGGAUCUGGCCCUGUCAUUCCUACCACUGUAGUAACAGAGUUUUUUGCCCUUGCACUUCUUUUAAAUGAGGUCUGUGAUUGAGCUCACAUUCAGAUGAACAGACUUGUUUAUCUGAAUGUGUGAUUCAAAUAUAUUUGAAUGUUCUUACAUGGCUGUGGGUUCAGCCAUUGAAAUAAAUGUCAUUUGAAUUCAUAGCCUAAAUAAAAGCAGAAGUGUUUCUUUCA